AUGAGUCCUGCUGUUCUGGGGGGUCCUCCCCACUCGCGCGCUUCUUCCCUAUAUGGAGGAGGUCCCAUUAGUACGGAAAAGGGAAGGAAAUCUACCGGUGUCGAUACAAUAACAGGCGUGAACCGUGUCUUUCCCCACCUCGAGGAACUAGUUUCGGUCAGACCUGAUAUAAAUCCACAGUCGCCAUUACGCACCAUCCUCGAACGCGGCGAGCAGUUUGCAAAGAGUGCUGAUACCAACCUCGACUUUCGACGUCCAGACCUGGCACUCCAGGAGUACAUAAAGGCGUCUAUUGUAGCAGUCGAGAUCGUUCCUCGCCAUAAAGAUUACCCAUCAAUACAGAAUGAUCGAGGAGACUUGCACCGUCUAUACCAGGGCCUGACCAAAAGGAUUCGAGCUCAACAGCAGAAAUUCGACGAUGUGAAGGAGAUUAUCAAGGAGAAUAAUGCUAGAAAUGGAGUAAAAUCUCCAUCGGCAGGGUCAUUAAAUUCAUCUCGGAAUCUGAAUGGCCUUACCAAUGGCCAUGCGCGAACACACUCGGUGGAAACGCUUUCAAUACGUGGCAACUCUUCAUAUAGCUUGCAAAAUGGUGGCCAAGUUGGAUCUUUAGAUCACCCAGUCACACCGCCAAAAAGGAAGCCUCCAAUACAACCCAAACCGAAUGCACUUCAUGGAAAUGCCAUUCAGCCAGAUUUAGCUGCGCGUUUUGCACGUCUGCGUAGCCCUGAAUCUAAUAGUGUUAUUCAAGAUCCAAGGAUACGGACCCAGCCCAUCUCGAUACCUGACCGCUCAGAACUAACCCCCAACCCUCCAAUAUCAUCCCAGUCAAUCAAUCGGCCAACAGGGCCACGGGAGAUGCCUUCGGUACCUACCACGCUUCCACGCCCCAAACUACUCCCGUUAGAGUUGCCUUCGAUGCCAAGAGCACCAGAUCCUAUAUACAAUAGCCCGGCUCGAAACACUGAUACUACAUCCACAGCAAAUCUUCCUUCCAGUGUCCCCAGGAGCUCUUCAUAUACUAGUAGUGGGAGGAAGAACUCUGCUCCUCCAAUUUCUACGGUUCGUGGUACGCCUAUUCUGGUUGAUGAUAGGCAGGAUUACUUCACGCCGGCCCACUCUGUCAAUGCCUUUUCCGCUCCACCCAAAAAGAAGCGCCCAGAAAUUAACAUACCUAACGCUAGCACCAUCGAGGCCGAAGAUCUUUAUGAGUACCUGAAAAUGGGUUCACAGGCCCUGCGAGUCUUACUCGUUGAUCUUAGAACCCGAGCUCAGUUCGACAGUGGCCAUAUCAUGUCACAGGCUAUUAUUUGCAUCGAGCCAAUGUCCUUACGGCAUGGCGUGUCAGGUGACGAGCUAGAAGAGCGGCUGAUUCUUGGGCCCGAUUCUGAACAAGCGUUGUAUAGCAAAAGGCAUGAGUUUGACCUGGUUGUAUUCUAUGACCAGUCUUCUUCAUCGUUUGAAUCGUCAAUCACCUCGGGAGACGUUUCCGACAACGAUCUCUGUAAUUUUUCCGCUGCUGUGUAUGAUUAUGGGUACGAGAAACGAUUGAAGCGUCAGCCAAUGCUUCUGGUUGGAGGUUUGGAUGCUUGGAUUGAUCUCCUUGGCCACAAUUCACUACAAUCAUCAUCCUCGGGUCCACGGUCUACAGCAACGAGUUUGAAACCCGCUCGGCCCCUUGGUCGUGUGGCAGUGAACAGGGGUUCUAGAAAACCGCUGUUCGUUCCAAGAAGGGUUGAAUCACGGCCCUUUACAAAAGAUGAAGAAACCAAGUGGGACGAAGUUUUGAGAAAUGACGAGACAGUCGGAAGUCCUGCAGUCGCGCCGGAUGGCGAGUCCGAAAAUCUUUAUUAUGCUAGGACGACUGAUGAUUUCAUGCGGCGCUUUCCUGAAGUCUCAACUAUCCAGGAAUCGAUGAUGUCCGGGGAUAAGACCAUUUUGGUUGAAAGCCCACUCACUGAAGAAUUUCCUACACCCCCAGCCCGGCCUCCUCCUGCUCUUCCAAGGCAGCGAUCAAGCGGUAUUUCAGAAAGAGGCUCGGUCACGUACACUCCCGCGCAUGCCGCGACUACGAUCGAACUACCAAAAAAGCCUCCAGGACUUACUGGCUUACACAACCCUGGGAACCUCUGUUACAUGAAUUCAACCAUUCAGAUGUUAGCCACCAUACCUUUUCUGCGAAAUUACAUAUUAAAAUACGAGUACCCACCAAAACAAAGAAUACCACGGAAAGGAGCGGAACUCUCUGAUCCUCCGCAAAUCAUGGUGCGAAACCUCAAGAAUGUGUUUUUUUAUAUGUGGGCUGGCAGUUACGACUGGGUAACCCCGAAGACUUUUGCGAGAUACGUGAAUGCGCUUCAUGUGGGAACAAGUCCCAAUGGUACCCCAAGAGGGCACGCUUUUGGUGGUACCCGCCAACAUGACGCUACCGAAUUCCUUAUUUUUAUGACCGAGGUCUUGGAAGACGAAACUAAUCCUAAUCGCGCUGUGAUUGAACCAAGGAGAACCCAGGCGCAGAUGGACGAGGAAGAAAGGCAAAUGCUCGAGCUUCCACGCUUCGUUGCUGCACAGGUUGCUUGGAAGGCGGAAAAGAGACAAUACGACUCCCCAAUCAGCCGUCACAUGAAAGGCCAGUUUGGUUAUUUCAAGCAAUGUACCCAAUGCGGUCAUGAGACCCGGACAUUCACCUCUUUCAACCAAGUAGAGUGUGUUAUUCCUCGUGACAGUGCCGGAAGGACUCCAAUCCGAGGAAGACUCGACGAAUGGCUUCGUCAAGAAUAUGGUGAGGAACCUGAUGUGGUGUAUGCAAACUGCGACAACUGCAAGGCCCAGCAACGGCCUAGCUGGGAAAACCUCGCCCGAAGAUCCCAAGUCUACAUGACUUAUCUACCAGACUACCUCGUCAUCAACAUCAAAAAAUUCGACUUCUUCGGCGACACUAGAAAAAUAGACACUUACGUCGAGCUUCCGGAAGGGCCCUUUGACCUAGGUGACAUCUUCUUACCAGACGCGCCCCACCACCCUGGGAAGAUGGGUCAGCCGGUUCUGGAGAGAGGACAGGCCGGGCUUUUCAAAUACGAGGUCAUCGCUGUUGUGCACCAUAUCGGGGCUAGUGCAAACCAAGGCCAUUACUGGACUGUGGCCAGACACGUCGAUGUUGCGGGUAUUUCGUCAACAUGGCAUAAGUUCGACGACGCGCAAGUGACACGUGCAAAUUUCAACCAAGUUCAGGGGAAAACUGCAUAUGUUGUUGUGCUUAGGCGAUCGCAGACGGAUGAUAAUUUAUAA